AUGGCACACUUUAUUCCUUGUCACAAGACUGAUGAUGCUUCAAAGGUGGCUUAUUUGUAUUGUAAGGAAUUCGUCUUCAUGGGAUUGGUUAGCAAGAGUACCAAGGAUUGGGAUGUGAAGCUUGCAUAUUCAGAGUUUGCUUAUAAUAGGUCACCUACAUAUGCCACAAGAUGCUCUCUUUUUGAGGUUGUCUAUGGUGUUAACCCUAGGGUGCCUAUUGAUCUUAUUCCUUUCCCUAGUGAUGAGGUUUACCAUGUGGAUGCUAAGGAGAAGGCGCAAGUUAUGCUCAAGCUUCAUGCACAAGUGAUGGCUAGAAUUAAGAAGGUGAACACCAAGUACCAACAAUUAGCUAAAAUGAAUCGAGGGCAACAUGUGUUCAAGGUUGGUAAGUUGGUUUGGUUGCACCUAAUGACGGAGAGGUUCCUAGGCCUUCGCAAAAACAAGCUAAUGCCACAUUCAGAUGGACUAUUCAAGAUUGUAUAUAAGGUUAAUGAUAGUGCCUUCAAGCUUGACUCAUGUGGAGACUACAGUGUGAGUGCGACUGUGAAUGUGGGUGAUUUGGCUCCAUAUGUCCAUGAUGAUUAUAUGGCUCAAUUGAGGUCAAUUAUUUCUAAAGAAGAGGAGGAUUAUGAUUAUACAGGAGUAGUUGAUGCAAGUUUACUAUCUCUUGUUCAUACGAAUGUUUCAGUGGACCUUGGCUCAAUUGAAGUAGAUGAAGGACUCUUCAUGGGGAUGAAUACGUGGUAG